AUAAAAAUGGAAGCUGAAACAGCCCAAAAUCCAUCGAAAAACAUUGACGAAACGCUUUCAAUUCAACAUGAUUGGCACCUCAAUUUGAGAGAACCAGUCUCGCAGUUCUACCUCGGAAUCAAGAAAUUCGAGGCUACGAAAACCGAAUUCUUCCAAGUACAGAUCACAAAGCUUGUUGAUGAGUACGGAUUCGCUGUGAUGCCAGAGGAAGGCUCAAUUAAAUCUUCCGACUUCACUGAUGUUUCUCUCGAUGAGCAUAAAAAUCUACAUGUCACUUUCCAAGGGAGAACCACAAUUUUCGUCGGUCCUACCAGUGAGCAGAACCUCCGAGGGCUACAAUCAGCGCCGCGCUCGUUCGACGUUUCAUGUACCGGAAGCACUUUUGUUGCAGCUGAUUCGAGCGGAAAGCUGAUCAUUGCGAAUUCGAGAACUGCCGAGACUCUAACAGAACUCACCGGCCACACUAUGGACAUCUACCGCUGCAUGUAUUUCCCGUCGGGUCUCGUCGUUAUUGGCGGUGGAAUGGAUAUGGCGAUCAGAGUAUGGGCAGUGGAUAAAGUGCCGGCUCAGAAGACGUUCGUCGGGCACACAAAGGCAGUAACAGGCUUCGGGAUCAUCGGAGUUGGACGAGAGUUCCUCUCGUGCUCCAACGACGGAACAGUACGAUUUUGGAGCUGCAAAAAUGCUGCGCCAACCGAAACAUGGAGCUUCGAGAAGGGAAAAUGCAUUGACAUGGCAAUGUCAGUGGAUGACUCGAGAUUCGCUGUCAUCUGCGAAAACAAUUUCCUAUCAGCGAUUGAUCUGCACGGCGACAAGAUUCGGCGUGAUAUUCAGCUUCCUUCCGUUCCUACGGCUCUCUGUUUUUCCGGAGAUGAAGGUGGAAAAGCGGUGUUCGUCGGGUUUGAGGAUGGCCACGUGGCGGCCUAUAACGUGUCGGAUCGCCGGUUAAUCGGGGAAAUUGUCACCAAAAAAGGAAGCGUCACCUGCCUCAAAUACUAUUGCAAUCGACUAAUUGCAUCAUUCACCACCGGAAAUGUUCUCGCCUUUCCGAUCCUUUCCCUUCCCACCUCGUCAAGCAUCAUCUCCGCCGAGUACGAGCUAACCGGUGCCGAUUGUGAGCCGGUGUACGAUAUGGCGAUUUAUCAGAAGAAUAUUUAUACAUGUUGUCGUGAUGGCAAAAUUCGAACUUACAAGGCGCAAUGGAGCUUGUAAUUGAGUAUUAUUAUAUAUUUCUUAUGUUUAACUAUUAUUGAACUACAUAUUUUUGAAUAUAAAUCUGUGAUUAACCGGUAGAAAUCCCAAUUUAUUUUGUUUUUAAUUUGGUCCUAAAACCUUUUAUUUCAUCAGUUUUACCAAUUUUCCCUUUUUUUUUCUAAAAUUACUUGAAUAAGUAAAUUUAAUUCAG